UUUUGAUUUAUUAAUGUGAAGAUGAUAUUACUUUAUCUCUGUUUUAAUUCUACAAGCUUCGUGGUCGAUGCAAUAGAUUUGCGGCCAUACAUACGAAAUUACGAGUACAGAACAUAGGCUAACAUACCAUACACGUACUGUACGUAUUAAAAUUAAUGGUUUUGCCAACUUUUCGGUUUUGUUGUUUAUGCCCUACCCCCACGAGUGGCUGUUGUAAGGUAAAGGCAAAAUUACCAAAAUCCGCGACUUUUAUUUUGUAUUUGCCGUUUGCGUAAAGACUUUUGAAUUUUCGUUCUGUUUUCUCAUUACUUCCUCGAAGUUAAGUUACUUCUGUUUUCACCAUUUUUGUUGUUAGAAAUUUCGCAUAUCUUUUCUGGGUGGAGCCUUGUUGAUGGAGUGAUGACACUGCGACCCAAGUAUUGGAAAACAAUAAACUCGAUAACACUGGAAUCGAAGAUAAUCUGCAGUGGGACGUGAUGGCUUUAUGUAUCGUGCGUUCCAGCUUUAUGCUGGUUUAAAUACUGUUCCAGCUUUCAGUUUCCUCAUUGUGGUCAUACAUCUUGAAGACUCUAGACAAUCAUAUUGCGAACAUAACUUGUGAAAAACAUUUUCAUCAUGGCUGAAGCGUCCACGCUUGCGAGCGAAGGAACGGAAACUAUCACCGUUGCGGAGAAUCCAGCUGUUCCAGCGCAAUCAAAUCAACCAACAUUAACACUGCGUUUGAAAAAACCGAGGACGUCACGGGAGGUACACUGGGCUGAAGACACGGUUGACAACGAGGGACUGAAUAAAAAAUCGUCGAAAUGCUGCUGCAUUUACACUAAGCCGAAGACAUUUGAAGAGAGAGAGAGUUCCUCGUCGGAGAGUGAUGACGAUUGUGAACAUUGCCGUGGUCAUGUGGAAAAGAAGAAGAAACGUUUGAAGCCAUCCGACGAAGGCGACGAUGUUAGUUCUCCUCAUAGUCCAAAUGCAGGACAUCCUGUGCCGGCAGAAUCGUAGUUUCCCUCAGACUGAUUUCCAAAGUCUGCGUGCUGGAAAUUUGCUUGGAUAUUAUGAUAAUUACCCUGACGGAUGUAUAGUGCUUAAAUGUUUGAUGGCGUGAUGAUCAUGGUAAGAAAUCGCUUUCUGGCAGGCUUAUAAUAAUACCGUGGAUUUUCAGACUUGGCGCUGGUGCAAUCUUGGCUGGUGUUAGGUGAAGCGUGCCAUCGCGGUACGCCUUGCUGUGUUUCGGUUUUACCCUUCAGCAUGUACAUUUCACGCAUUGUGCAGUUGGAAAAUUUUGUAUCUACCUUAUUGAAAGUGUUUGCAAACUUCUCAGACGAGCUAAGUACGGUAGCGCACGGUUGUGUUCAGCUUGCUAAAUAAAACUUGAUAUAUGCUUUGUAUAAAUCCUGACUGGUGAGCUGUUGUUGCCGUUAAUGCCAAUAAACGGAA